AUGGCACAUACAAUACAUGAAUCCAAAGGAUACAAAUAUGGAAAACAAAAACUAUAUCCACAUUUUAAAAAUAUAAGAGAUCAUGAUGUUUAUGAAAAAAGUGAAUAUGAGACGGAUAAAAAGGAAACCCCUUUAUAUGACGACAUUGAAGAUAAUGUAAACGAAAAAAAUAAGGUAAAUGAUGAAAUUAAAAAGGAAAACAAUAAUAAUAAUAAAUAUAAUAAAUAUAAUAAAUAUAACAAAUAUAAUAAUAAUAAAUAUUAUAAAUAUAAUGAUAAAUAUAGUAACAAUUAUUAUAAUAGUUAUAGUAAUAACGAUAAUGAUAUUCCUAUUAAUAAUUAUUUAAAAAGAAAAAAAAAAAAACGUAUAUAUUCAAAAAAAAAAAAGUAUAUAUUCAAAAAAAAAACACUAGUUCCAUUUGAACAUGUUGAUAAUAAUAUACAAAAUGAUGCAACUAAUUCAGAUACCUAUUUAGAAUCAUUUGUUAUAAAAAAAAAAACAACAAAUAUACCAUUAAAUAAUAAAUAUAUAGAAAAUUCAAAUAUAGAAUUAAAAAAUAAAUCAAAACAUACUUUAAAUCCAGCAUUAAGUUUAAUGGCUUCAAGAGCAGUAGAUGGAUUAUUAGGUGGUGUACAUAAACACAUGCAAGGACCAAUAGCUAUAAGUUCAGAUGGAAAUAAUUCUCCCUUAGCUAACCAAAUUGUAACACCAAAUGUAUAUGGUUCUCCUAAUUCUAUAUCACCAAUUAAUAUGACAAAUAAUAUUGCACCUUUAACUUCUAAUCCUUCACCAACACCACCUUCUCCUCUUCCUCAAUCAUUAGGUACAUCCAUAUCUCCAACAACAACAACAACAACAACAAAUAUUGCAGGAGGAGCACCAAUAGGUUCACCUAACAUAAUGUCACAAGGAAUGGUAGGAGGAGUAGCAACACCCCCAGGUGUUCAAGUACCAAAUAAUGCUAUACCAUUCAAUCCAAUGAAUCCAACUAAUCUUAUGCCUUUAAAUCAAAUUGGACAAAAUCCAGCAUUUAAUAUUCAUCCUACAGCUUCUAAUUUGAGGGGAGACCCUGGAAAUGUAAAUUACAAUGAAGUGGUAAGUAUUACAAUAGGUAUUGUUUUAAGUCUUGUCCUUUUCUGCUUUAUUUUCGGAUGCUUAACCAAAUUGUGCAAACCAAAAAAGAGAAGAAGAUGA